AUGUCCGAGAACGCCACGAGCACCAAGGUUCUCGAUGAGCUGAUGCAGAAGCUCACCAUCUCUAAGGAGGCUGAUGCUAUCAAGGAGUCUGCCGGCGCUCUUGCGACUUUCAUCAACGGCCGCAUCGAGGACCUCGAGACCCCCACCAGGACUGUCGAGGCUCUCAAGAAACAGCUAGCCAGCAAGAAGGAUGCUGGCGCGCGAGAGAAGGCGCUCCUCGCCAUCCAGGCGAUCGCACAACACUCCGAGGUCUCCGCCAAUGUCGAGCCCUAUCUCGUCGCCCUUCUUCCAGGUGUCCUGGCCGGCGCCGGAGACAAGAUCACCGCGGUCAAGAAUGCCGCCAUCGCCGCUGCCUUGGCCAUCGCCGAGGCGAUCAACCCUAAUGCCAUCAAGGCUACCCUCCCGGCCCUCAUCGACUCGCUGAGGAACGCCCAGAAGUGGCCCGAGAAGAUGACAGUCCUCGACUUCAUUGACACCCUGGUCCGCACCUGCCCCGCGCAGACCUCGCUUCUCGUCCCCAACUUGAUCCCCGUCGUGUCCGAGGCCAUGUGGGACACCAAGAAGGAAGUCAAGGACCGCGCCUACAAGACCAUGGAGAAGGUGUGCCAACUCAUCGUCAACCGCGAUAUCGAGCGCUUCAUCCCCGAGCUCAUCAAGUGUGUCGCCAAGCCUGAGAACGUCCCCGAGACGGUUCACUUGCUUGGUGCCACCACUUUCGUCACCGAGGUCCAGGAGCCCACCCUUGCCCUCAUGGUGCCGCUGCUGGAUCGUGGUCUUGCCGAGCGCGAGACUGCCAUCAAGCGCAAGUCCGCCGUCAUCGUUGACAACAUGUGCAAGCUCGUCGACGACCCCAACAUCGUUGCGCCUUUCUUGCCCAAGAUGAUGCCUGGCCUGCAAAAGAACUACGACAAUCUUGCUGAUCCUGAGGCUCGCGAGAAGACCAAGCAGGCCCUUGACACCUUGGUCCGUGUCGGCAAUGUUGUCGAUGGCAAGAUCCCUGAGGUGCGCAACCAUGGUGAUAUUUCCACCAUCAUGGGACACCUCAAGGAGAUCCUUACCGGCAAGCACGCCGCUGCGUUCGAGAAGUUUGCCCCUGUUCUCGAGUACGCCUCUGCUAUUGCCGGCCAGCUCGUUGAUGAGAAGGCCACCGACGCCUCCUCCUGGGCUGAAAGCGUCAAGCCGUACAUCACCGUCGUCGUCGGCGACUCUGAGGCUGACAGUGUCGUCGAUGCCCUCCGCAAGCGCGCUGUCCCCGGUGCUGCCGAUGCUGACGCCGUUGAGGACGACGAAGAGGAGGGCGAGGACCUCUGCAACUGCACCUUCUCACUCGCCUACGGCGCCAAGAUCCUGUUGAACCAGACCAGCCUGCGUCUCAAGCGCGGCCAGCGUUACGGCCUGUGCGGCCCCAACGGUUCCGGCAAGUCCACCCUGAUGCGUGCCAUCAAUAACGAACAGGUUGAAGGUUUCCCCAAGCAAAGCGAGGUCAAGACCGUCUUCGUCGAGCACGACCUGGAUGCCGCUGAUACGGAGAUGACGACAAUCGACUGGACCAUGAAGAAGUUGACGGAGGCUGGUGUCACCACAACCAAGGAAGACGUCACCAAACAGCUCAACGACUUCGGUUUCACGGAUGAGAUGGUGCAGGGCGAGAUUACCGCCCUCUCUGGUGGUUGGAAGAUGAAGCUGGCCCUGUGCCGUGCCGUUUUCGAGGCUCCCGAUAUCCUUCUUCUCGAUGAGCCGACCAACCAUCUUGAUGUUGUCAACGUGGCGUGGCUCGAGGAAUAUCUCAAGAACUCGAAGUGCACUUCCAUCAUUGUGUCGCACGACAGUGGAUUCCUCGACAAUGUGUGCCAGCACAUUGUUCACUACGAGCGCUUCAAGCUCAAGCGCUACAAGGGUAACCUGAAGGAGUUCGUUCGCCGUGUGCCCUCGGCCAAGUCUUACUACGAGCUCGGCGCCUCCGAGAUCGAGUUCAAGUUCCCGGAGCCCGGUUUCCUUGAGGGUGUGAAGACAAAGGCCAAGGCCAUUCUCCGCGCCACCAACAUGAGCUUCCAGUACCCGGGUACUUCUAAGCCCCAGAUUUUCAACAUCAACUUCCAGUGCUCCUUGGGAUCGCGUAUUGCCGUCAUCGGUGCCAACGGUGCCGGAAAGUCUACCCUCAUCAACGUCCUCACCGGUGAACUCAUCCCCACCGGCGGUGAGAUUUACCAGCACGAAAACAUCCGCAUUGCCUACAUCAAGCAGCAUGCGUUCGCACAUAUCGAUAACCACUUGGACAAGACCCCGUCCGAGUACAUCCAGUGGCGUUUCCAGACCGGCGAGGAUCGUGAGACCAUGGACCGUGCCAACAAGAUCAUCACGGAGGCCGAUGAGGAGGCCAUGAACAAGGUCUUCAGGGUUGAGGGCACUCAGCGUCGCAUUCUCGGCAUCCACAGCCGCAGAAAGUUCAAGAACAGCUACGAGUACGAGUGCUCGUUCGCUCUCGGCGAGAACGUCGGCAUGAAGAACGAGCGCUGGGUUCCCAUGAUGACCGCCGACAACGCCUGGUUGCCCCGCAGCGAGCUGCUCGCUUCUCACCAGAAGAUGGUUGCCGACGUUGACAUGAAGGAGGCCCUCGCCUCCGGCCAGUUCCGUCCCCUGGUCCGCAAGGAGAUCGAGACCCACUGUGCCAACUUCGGCCUGGAUGCCGAGUUGGUGUCUCACUCGCGCAUGCGUGGUCUCUCUGGUGGCCAGCGUGUCAAGGUCGUGCUUUCCGCUUGCUCGUGGCAGCGUCCCCACUUGAUCGUUCUGGACGAGCCCACGAACUACCUCGAUCGUGACUCUCUCGGUGCCCUGUCUGGAGCGCUCAAGGCUUUCGAGGGUGGUGUCAUCAUCAUCACUCACAGCAAGGAGUUCACCCAGGAUCUCACUGAGGAAGUGUGGUCUGUCCGUGAUGGCCAGAUGACACCCUCAGGCCACAACUGGGUCCAGGGCCAGGGCUCCGGUCCCCGGUUGAAGGGCGACGACGGUGAUGAGGAAGACAAGUUCGAUGCUAUGGGCAACAAGAUUGAGGGGAACAAGAAGAAGGCUAAGCUCACGAGCUCUGAGGCGCGGAAGAAGAAGAAGGAGCGUAUGGCUCGCCGGAAGCGCGGUGAGGAGGUCUUCAGCGACGAGGAGGACUAA